AUGCCGCAAUACAGCUCAACACUUCAGUCGCAAGAUGUCGAGCAGGGCGUCCUACUCUGGCUCCCGCCGAAGCACGAAGUCCUGACCGCGCUGGGACAUCAUGCUCCAAAGAAUGAUGAGCCUGUCGUCAGCAUCACCAACCAAGGACAGCACCCGGAGGACGGGUUCUACGAUCAUCCGCUUCUGGUCAUCUCCAGAUCCACAACAUCGCCAGACCGCAUCCAUUUUGUACCGCUCACUACCUUCGGUGGCAAGCUGUUAUGCAAACGCUACAACCAAUACCUCGCCAUGACACCUGCACCCGAUCACCCACACUUCACGGCGGGCGAUACGGCAUACCGGACCUUGACACUUCACAAAAACGCCACGAUUUCAAGGCCAGGUUACGUGAAAAUAACAAGUGUCUGGACGAUGCGGUGGAAGGGCGCCAAACACUAUUGGGGCGGUAGCACCCCACGCACUACAAAUUUCCAGCUCGACGAAUCAUCUUUGCAGAGAUUGCUUCUUUGUGUAAGAAAGCUCAACGGCUACACACCCCGAGAGCAAUUCUGCGAAGCCCGGCAGCUGAUCCCGAAGAGUAUCACGCCCAACCUCACCGGCCACAACUACCAUCAAGCCGAUACGAGUUUUGAUCUUUUCGGCAGCGCCACGCCCUCGUCAUACGCAGCAAUCAUCCAACAGCAGCAAGCUACACGCCCCUCGAUACGCAUACCAGCGGCAGGUAUCCCGUCCUACUGCAGUACUGUGGGAGAACGUCGGCCCCUUCUACCUACCAACCGCCAGCCCUGGGAUACACCGAAGGAGUCCUCAGGAUGUGGUUGCUGUGGCUGGCUUUUUCUUUGUUUGGUGCUUGGCCUGGGAGUGUGGCUGUGGUGCAAAUAUGGGUCUUAA